GUGAUGUCGUGGGUUCGAGCAGCUGCUUUGGUCCCGUGCCCUGGAGACGAAGGCGAUGUGUUUGAUGAGGAAGCCGACGAGACGCUCCUGGUGCAGCGGGAAUGGAGGAAUCACAUGCACAGACGAAUCAAAGAAGGUUAUAGAGACGGAGUAGACGCUGGCAAAGCUGUUGCUCUUCAACAAGGCUUCAAUCAGGGCUAUAAGAAAGGUGCAGAAAUCAUUAUAAACUAUGGACAACUCAGAGGAACAUUAAGUGCUUUGCUCUCCUGGUGUCACCUCCAUGGUAAUAGUUCGGCUUUGAUCAGUAAAAUACAUAAUCUUCUGGAUGCAGUUGGCCAAUGUGAAGAAUAUGUGCUCAAACAUCUGAAGUCCUUCACUCCAGAGUCCCAUGUUGUAGAUUUAUUGGACUCCAUUCAGGAUAUGGACCUUUGUCAUGUAGUUCCAGCUGAGGAAAAGAUUGAUGAAGCUAAAGAUGAGAGACUCUAUGAAAAUAAUGCCGAGUUUAACAAAAACUGUAGCAAGAGUCCUGGAGAGAUAGAUGGUUCCUCUACAGAACGUUGUCCAACACAGCAGCAUGCACAUUCAGAAAGCCCAAGCCUCCCUUGGAUUUUAGAACAGACAGCUGGGUUAGUAAAACAGCUGGGAGUACCAGUGGACGUCUUACAGCACCUCAAGCAACUGUAA